UCGAGGAGCAACUCUCAGUGUGACGGUCAAUCACGCAAACCGUGGCUCGUAAUCAGCUUUUGACGGCUGCGGAGUCUGAAAGUUUCCCUGACUUCGUUGAACGCCGCCACCAUGUCGUCCAACAUCGAAGGACUGCUCACCUUCCUGGCGUACACCCUCAACACUCUCGAGACCACAUUCUCCAAAAUUCCAGGCUCAGCCGUGGUCGUACGAUACGUGAAAAGUUCUCAUCAGAACGACCCCGGGAGAACCCUUCUUGAGCUUGCACUCGCCGCAUUCGCUAUCUUCACCCUCCUCCAGUCGCGUACCCGUGCGGACAGAAGCGGGAAGCACUUCAUUCAGUUUAGUGAGAAGGAAAUCAGCGAACUGGUUGACGAAUGGACCCCGGAGCCCCUUGCUGCCCCUCUCGAUGCAUACGAAGCCUCUGACCUCGCUGCUGUGCCUGUUAUUGUUGGCCCGACCGGUCCCAAGCCUAUCCUUGCGAAACAGCCAACCAAAGUAUUCGCCAACCUUGCCAGCUAUAAUUUCACUGGAUUGGCGGGGAAGGAAGUGAUUAAGGAGCGGGCCAUCGAGACUCUGAGGAAGUAUGGGCUCGGGAGCUGUGGGCCUCCCGGUUUCUAUGGAACUCUGGAUGUGCAUAUGAACUUUGAACGUGAUCUCGCCGACUUUCUCGGCGCAGAGGCCGCCAUCAUCUACUCCCAGGGCUUUUCCACCGUCUCGUCCGUGAUUCCCGCGUUCUGCAAACGUGGAGACAUCAUCGUUGCCGACCGAGGUGUCAAUUUCGCGAUUCAGAAGGGCAUUCAGAUCUCGCGUUCGACCGUGCGGUGGUUCGAUCAUAACGACCUUUCGAGCUUGGAGGAGGUCCUUGACUCUGUUGAAAAGGAGCGCAAAAAGCGUCGUGGGCCACUGACUCGUCGGUUCAUCAUUACCGAGGGUAUCUUCGAGAAGGAUGGUGCCAUGACAGAUUUGCCCAAGCUUAUUGAUCUCAAGUUCCGCAAGAAAUGGCGUCUUAUUCUUGACGAAAGCAUCUCUUUCGGAACUGUCGGACGGACUGGACGCGGCUUGACAGAACUGUACAACGUACCGGCCGAGAAGGUCGACAUGAUUGUGGGCUCCAUGGCAAACGGACUCUGUGCUGGGGGUGGAUUUUGCGCUGGCUCGAAGAUCGUUGUCGAGCAUCAGCGCAUCAACGGCCCGUCAUUUGUGUUUUCUGCAUCAAUGCCGGCACUUCUCGCUGUCUCUGCGUCGGAGGGCAUCGAGAUCCUGCGUUCGACACCGUCCAUACUUGAACGAUUGCAAGUCAAUGUUCGAGCCGCCCACGCAGUUUUGGAUGACCUAGACUGUAUCACGAUACCCUCGCAUCCUGUUUCACCCAUCAUCCACCUCUACCUGCGCCGGUCGGCGGUGGCUCAUGUCGGCGGCGGACUGCUUCAUCCGGCAUCGGCUGCUGCGGUCCACACGAAGCCGUCGAACCCCACCUCCAUUCUUCCUCGCGACGCCACCUCAUGGGACUGGAACUCGUCUGCGGAAAUACACGCAGAAGAGCGUACGCUCCAGCUCGUUGUAGACGAAGCCUUGAAGCGCGGGGUGAUGCUUACGAGGGCGAAACGUCUUCGUGGGCAGGAGAUGGUUGAAGCGCGCCCCAGCAUCCGUCUAGCGCUCACCAGUGAACUGACACCAGACGAAGUGAAGAAAGCGUGCAAGGUCAUUGCACAGGUCUUCAAAGACGUUGUCGGGAGGAGAUGAUUUUUAUUUAUAGAGUAUAUACUGACAGGGCCACCCCUUCUAAUGAUAGUGCACGGUUAUUGAUAAGAAGUACCCGAUGUUGAAACCGGAAGAGUAACCGGAAGACGUGUCAUCAAUAAUGACGUAAGGCACAACGCCUCAUCCAAGUAUGUCACAGCCGUAAGAUGGCCGCCUUGUUUGCCCCGGCCUGAAAUUAACUUUUAGGGAGGCAUGGCGUCGUGCGCCCCCACGGGUCUCCGCUUUCCGAUAUCAUGACCAGCCACACGACUACGAUACUUGACGAUGAGGAUGACGCCCCCGACAAGCUUAUGUCUGAAAAGAAGCCUCAGAGCCAACCUUCUCGACGUGAACUGCAGCUGGACAGCGGCGUCGAACGGGUGCGAUUCCGUAAAAAGUGGUAUCAGAUCUGGGAGCCCAAACACCCCCCUCCCCCUCCGCCCGCCUCACUAGACGAUGCGCCUAUCAGCCCCUACGUCACUGCGAAUAUCUUCUCGCUGCUCACCUACACAUGGAUCACCCCGCUGAUGGUCCUCGGGUACCAGCGCACGCUACAGGCAUCUGAUCUCUGGAAAAUGGGCCCCGAGCAGGAGUCGGGGUAUCUAACACAGAAGUUGGAGGAAGCGUGGGAGCGGCGCGUGCGUGCCGCAGCUGAGUUCAACGCGCGACUGGACAAAGGAGAGGUGCGGCCGGGUAUCUUCAAGCGCAUUGCAUGGUCACUGCCCGGCCGGGACUCGGAUGCCCUGGAGAAAGAGUGGCGUGAAAAGACUGCCAGGAAGGAGGCUAGUCUGGCUUGGGCGCUGAACGAUGUGUUGGGGCACAUGUUCUGGCGCGGAGGGCUGUUCAAAGUGGUCUGUGAUACUUCACAACUCAUGGGCCCCAUCAUCGUGAAAGCCCUCAUCAACUUCGGCAAGGCCCGUGCGGCCGCCAAAGCUGCUGGAGAGCCCACAGACAGCAUUGGACGAGGUAUCGGGAUGGCCAUUGGCUUGCUGCUGAUCAUCUGCACAACGAGUAUAUGCCAGCAUCAGUUCUUUUUCCGCUCCAUGACCACCGGCAUUUUGGCGCGCACCGCUUUGACCGGGCUUAUCUAUCAGCGAGCUGUGCAUCUAACCCCUUCGGAGCGUCGUCGACUCCCAAACUCUGCGAUUCUUAAUCAUGUCAGCACUGAUGUCAGUCGCGUGGAUGCCUGCGCUCAAUGGUUCCAUGCUGCCUGGACUGCGCCCAUUCAAAGUGAGGAGCGCCUUGGACUAUUCCGACGGGCAACUGAUAUAUCUCCAGCGCUUGUUUGCCUUAUCAUCCUUCUGGUGGAGCUCGGAUACGCGGCCCUUGCUGGUUUUGCGCUGUUCUUGAUCAUUGUACCGCUGCAAGAACGCAUCAUGGCCUCGCAAUUCAAAUUGAGGAGAUCUUCGAUGAAGUUUACGGAUGAGCGCGCCAGCGUCGUGCUUGAGACGCUGAGCGCUAUGAGAGUGGUCAAAUACUUUUGUUACGAAGGCAGCUUUCUUUCGCGGAUUUUCUCCAUCCGCAAUCAGGAGCUGAAUGGAAUCAGACACAUCCAACAUUCUCAAUCAGCCAAUAUUGCCAUGGCUUUCUCCUUGCCAGUGAUGGCAGCCACACUCGCCUUUGUGACCUACACUGAGACAAGCAAGACCUUCGAUGUCGCUGUUGUGUUUGCUAGUUUCUCGCUCUUCAAUCUACUUCGCCAGCCAAUGAUGUUCUUGCCGCGCGCGAUGUCAGCGACGGCUGAUGCUCGCAAUGCUCUCGCGCGGCUCUCGAUUGUGUUGCAUGCGAGCUUGCGCAGUCAAGCGCCAUUUCAAGUGGACGAGCAACAAGAGCUUGGUGUCCGCGUCGACGAUGUGAGCUGGAUCUGGGAAGGCGCGCCACCUGAGUCGGAAGAAGAUGUCAAGAAGAAAAAGAAAAAGAAACAACCUGAAGAUGCUGAGAAAAAAGAUGAUGAUGAAGAACCGUUUCAACUCAGCAACAUCACCAUGCAUAUUCCCCGAGGAACUUUGGCCGCCGUCGUCGGCCGCGUUGGCAGCGGCAAGUCUAGUCUUUUGCAGGGUCUGAUUGGAGAAAUGCGGUGCCCAGAUGAGCUCAAGGGUGGAGGAUGGUCUUUUGGCGGUCGGGUGGCUUAUUGUCCACAAUCCGCAUGGAUCCAAAAUGCGACUUUGCCUUUCGAUGAAGACAAGUAUUGGAGCGUGAUUGAGGAUGCUUGCCUCCUACCUGAUCUCAAGUUGCUGGCUGAUGGUGAUCUGACGGAAAUUGGUGAGAAAGGAAUCAACUUAUCUGGGGGACAGAAACAGCGUGUCAACAUAGCCCGUGCUUUAUACUACGGUGCUGACGUCGUGAUCUUUGACGAUCCUCUGUCCGCUGUUGAUGCCAACGUGGGGAAGCUGCUCUUUCGUACUGCCAUCCAAGGCCUUGUCGCCCAGGGCAAGACUGUAAUUCUGGUCACACAUGCUCUGCACUUUCUCUCUCAAUGUGACUACAUCUACACACUCGAUAAUGGCUCGAUUGCCGGGGCUGGAACGCAUGCCGAGUUGGUUGCUAAAGGCGGAGAGUUCGCUCGGCUAGAUCAGGAGUUUGGUGGAGAAGCUCAAGAAGAGGAGCCGUCGGAGGAGGGAGGGCAGACCCAAGUUCAAGUCGUUACUGUUCAGGAGGCCAAGGACAAGGCAGCGAGAGCAAGUGCUACUGGCACAGGAAAGAUUGAAGGCCGCCUGGUGGCCAAAGAGGUGCGAACCACCGGGGGCGUUGAGUGGAGUAUCUACGGAUACUACUCGAAGUCGGGUGGUCUCAUCUUGACUGCACUCAUUGCUGCUGCCGCCACGGUGAUGCAAAGUGCUGCGAUCGUGAAUUCGUACUCGCUUGUGUGGUGGGAAAGCAACACAUUUCACAAAUCGAGGGGGUUCUAUCAGGUGCUCUACGCGUUGACCGGGGUCGUGCAGACCAUCUUCACAUACCUCUUGGGACUCUUUCUCGAUCUGUUCGCCGUUCAGGUGUCUAGAAAUCUACAUCGCGAUGCCAUUCUGAAUGUCUUCCGGGCCCCCAUGUCGUUCUUUGAUACUACUCCCAUGGGUCGGAUCAUCAGCAUAUUCGGCAAGGACAUAGACACCAUCGACAAUUCGUUGCCUAUGUCCUUUCGAAUGUUUCUCCUGGUGCUGGCAACCGUUGUCGGGUCUGUCGUUGUCAUCACCGUCCUGGAACAUUACUUCAUCAUCGCCGCCUUCUUCAUUACUUUCGGAUUUGCCUAUUUUGCUCAAUUUUACCGCGCGAGUGCCCUCGAGAUGAAGCGCAUCGAUUCGCUUCUUCGCGGGAUCCUCUACGCGCAUUUGUCCGAGUCGCUCACGGGACUGCCCACAAUCCGAAGUUAUGGCGAGCUGGACCGCUUUGUGCAAGACAACAAGUACUACAUCGAUCUGGAAAACCGUGCGCUAUUCUUGACGGUGACAAAUCAACGUUGGCUUGCCGUGCGGUUGGAUGCGCUGGGUUCGACGUUGACGUUCCUUGUCGGAAUCCUCUGUGCAGUGGGGGUGUCAGGAAUCAGUCCAGCGGAGAUUGGGCUCAUUCUGACGUACACUAUGUCUCUCACCCAAAUGUUUUCGGUGACGACUCGGUUGUCUGCCGAAGUCGAGAAUUACAUGAACUCUGUCGAACGAGUCGUCCAAUAUGCUCGAGGAGAUAUCGUACCUCGAGAAGCAGCCCACGAGAGCCUACCUGGAAACAAGCCGGCUCCAGAAUGGCCUACGGCCGGAGCGGUGGAGUUCAAGAAUGUCGUGAUGGCUUACCGACCGGGACUGCCGAAUGUUUUGCAUGGGAUCUCGCUUAAUAUUAGAGCGGGAGAGAAAAUCGGUGUGGUUGGACGCACCGGUGCUGGCAAGUCGUCUUUGACGCUCUGUCUGCUGCGGAUCGUGGAGUACUUGGGACAGAUCCUCGUUGACGAGUUUGUGUUUCAUGUUUCUGCGGCUCAGUUCCUGACAUUUCAUAGCGUCGACAUCGCCAAGAUUGGAUUGACUGAUCUGCGCUCCACCAUUGCGAUCAUCCCUCAAGAGCCGACACUGUUCAGCGGCACGGUGCGGACAGCGCUCGAUCCGUUUUCGAAAUACGACGAUGCCCGACUGUGGGAUGCACUGAAGCGCUCCUAUCUCGUCGAGUCGGAAGCCGGUCGACUUGCGCUCGACAGUGCAAUCGAGGCUGACGGAGGCAACCUGAGUGUCGGCGAGCGAAGCCUGUUGUCGCUGGCCCGUGCUCUCGUGAAAGACUCGCGUGUGGUGAUCCUCGACGAAGCCACCGCUUCGGUGGAUCUCGAGACGGACGGCAAGAUCCAGCGGACGAUCCAGACCCAGUUUCGGGAAAAGACGCUCAUAUGCAUCGCCCAUCGACUGAGGACGAUUAUCUCGUACGACCGGAUUCUCGUCCUUGACGCCGGUCAGAUUGCCGAGUUUGAUUCUCCGCUUGCGUUGUUUCAGAACGAGUCCAGUUUGUUCCGCUCUCUGUGUGACAAGAGCAGUAUUACAGCGACUGACAUUGAGAAGGCUGCGCUGACUGAGGAUUUGUAAAUGUUGCUUAUCUAGACAUGUAUGAGUUACCUAUGGAAUUUUAAUGCUAUAUGAGUACGCUUGG